CCAGAAUGGACGAUUCUACCGAGUUCUCGAUAUGCCGCUGCCGAAGGAUAACAGAGAGUACGGGAAGCAAGAGUACUGGGACUCACGCUUUGAAAGCGAAGAAUCGUACGACUGGCUCGCGCGGUACAACGACGUUGCGACCCUCCUUGAUCAAUACGUGCGAACAGACCAGCGCAUUCUCAUCGUUGGAUGCGGCAACUCGACGUUCAGCGUCGACUUGUACGAAGCUGGCUACACCAACAUCGUCAACCUCGACUUUUCCACGGUCGUGAUCGACCGCAUGCGCGCAAAAUACUCGGUGUCGCAUCCGCUGAUGACGUGGAUCGUCGGCGACAUGCUCACGUUGACCGAGUCGUUUGCCCCGCAGUCGUUUGACGUUGUCAUCGACAAGGCAGCGAUGGACGCGCUGAUGGUCGAAGGCGGCGACACAUGGAGUCCUCCAUCGCACCUCUUGGCAGCGGGGCAUCAAAUGUGUGCUGGCGUGCAAUCGGUCCUCACGGCAACAGGAACCUUUAUACAGAUCUCGUUCGGCCAGCCGCACUUUCGCAAGCGGUAUCUGCUGGGUGACGCUCCCCACGGCAGCUUGAGCACGGCAUACGGGUGGAACCUCCAGCACCACAACAUCGAUAUUGGCCUCGGGUACUUCUUCUUUGUCAUGCAAAAGGCCUGUGGCCAGCAAUAAUCGACCUCAGUCAAUGCGCGCGAGCAUCGAGUCGAGACCCGCGAUGGAGGCAUGGUAAUCUUCCACGACAAGUUGCAUCUGGGCCAGCUCCCGUCCAAGCACUUGAUGAACGGCGUACAACGCCAAGAGGCCGCACAUGUAAAACAGCACCACGCCAAACUCGACUUGAUUCGUCGCCGGGAGGUGCACGAUCUAAUGCGCCACGUUGGCAAGUGGGUACACAUCCACACAGGAUGGACAUCAUUUGCAAGUGACCGAUGUGCCAGCCCAAGCUCGUCAAACUCGGCGCUGCUUACCUUUGUUGCGUCGCCGGGCUCCACUGGCGCCUACCUCGAGCAUUCCAAUGAGCCACGCACGCAAGGCGGGCGACGUACGGCGGGCGGUGGGGGCUGUGUCUCGUUCUCGAUCAGGUCGCUCGUGUAGAGCUCCAGUCGCGCCAUCUUGCCCGUCUCGGGAGCUGGCAUCGCGUUCGUUUUUUGCAUGGCGGUGACAAACGCCGUCAAGUCUGCUAUCGGGUCGAUGGCUUCGAUCGCAGCAAAGACGUCGUGGAGGAUGUGGUCGAGCGAUGUGUCUGCAACGCGGCAUGCCGUUCGCCACGUCGACGAGAUCUUGGCCAGUGCCGAAAUCACGUGGGCUUGGGCGCUCUAGAAUGCAGCAUGGAUCAGUCUCGCCGCCAUGACAAAAAAAUGAUCUCUCUCGACAUGCAUC